AUGUUCCUUAGUCUAGUCGGGGAUGCGCUCCAAUUUCCUCAUGUAUUGUUUCGGAUGUUUUUUGCUCAAAGGAUGCUGUUUCCACUUGCAUGUCCCCCACCUAAGUCCGUUAUAAAGUUUUGUGUUUUUCUCACAGUUCAUCGUUUCUUUUCUACCCCUUCAACAUUGAUAACAAAAGUGUGCUCGGCUGUUCGCAUUAUCAGUGGCGGCGAGGGAGGUGCAGAGAACGGAGACUACUUCCGUAAGUCUUUGAAUAUAAUGACUGACGCCAGUAAAACAACCAAAUCUGUUGAGAACGCUAAUAUCCCCACGUUGACAUUUGUCACGGGGAAUGCCGGUAAGCUUCGCGAGGUGCAGGCCUGCCUUGGCGGCUACGUCACGACCGAAUCGGUGAAAUUGGACCUUCCAGAAAUACAGGCCUCAUCGGUUUCACGAGUGAGUCGAGAGAAGGCUCUCCUUGCGUACGAACGGCUAAAGAAGCCGGUGCUCGUAGAGGACACUGGGCUGUCUUUUGAGGCUCUGGGAGGAAUGCCCGGUCCAUAUGUCCGUUGGUUCCUCGACGCUGUUGGACCUAUUGGACUCGCCAAAAUGCUCAACGGCUUCGAGUCCCGCAGCGCUCAGGUGGACUGCGUCUUCACCUACUGCGCCUCACCGGGAGAAGUGCUUCAGUUCAUCGGGAGCAGUCGCGGCAGUAUUUCAAUGGUACCACGUGGCGAAGGUGGUUUUGGGUUCGACACCAUUUUUAUGCCAGACGAUGGCAAUGGGCAAACAUUUGCAGAGAUGUCGGCAAGCACAAAAAACACAAUAUCACAUCGGGCCAGAGCACUGGUGGAAGUAAGGAAGCAUUUUGAAAAUAGCAAAUAG